AUGGUCCGUCUUACCACUCUCGUUCUCUCUUUGGCUUGUUCUGCCUUGGCCUCUCCCUUCUCGAAGCAGCAUGGGAAUGGCCAUCUGGAACGCAUAAAGGUUCCAUCAUUCGCAAAUGCCAGCGUCACAACCCGCGAUGAUGUUAGAAGUGCUCUUUACGACAGAGCCAAGCCCAGCUUCAUCUGCGACGCAACCUGCAAGGCCUGUGUAGCCAAAAUUCCGAAGAAAGGCAAAGGGAAGUCUACUCCUCGCUCUCUGGCAGCAGCACUCCAUGAAAGAACCUUGGACGACAUCGAGGACCUCUGGGGCGGCCGGGGAGAGACAAACGACUAUGUCAUAAAACAAAUCACCGAAGUCGCCGGUAGAGGUGAUGAACUGGACUGGAGCAUGCUACAGCAUGACGCUGUCUCAGGCCAUGGGCCAUGGAAGGGCAAGGAUUUGCGAAAGUACAUCCAAGGCAUCAUGGGAUGCACUGCUGUCGCCAUCGUCUCCGAUAAGGGAUACUGGUUUGCCCACUUUAUGGAAACUGGGUUCCUCGACCGACAUGACAACUGGAAGAACAAAAUCAUUAAGCCUCUCAAGGAGGGCACCACCAAAUUCACACGCCCUCUCUCACUAGCUGGCUCGGGUGGCAUAUUGAACAGGGCAAACAAUGUCAAGAUUUAUGUCUCAACCCCACGCACCAAGACAUCUACGGAGCAAAACCCGACUCUGCUCUACAAGGCCAAGGUUCAAGAGCUCAUGUCUCACAUCACUGGCAGCGGUUCGCCCUUUCAAGGUGCUCAGGUUAUCACACGAGGUUACCUGAAGCCCGAGGACGAUAAGCAGGCUGAAGAGUUCCACAAGUUAGCCAACGGAAAGGUCCUCAUCGAGUACACCAACGACCAGCUUGACAUUGAUGGAAACCAGCCAAACCCAAAGGAGCAGAUGUAUCGUGUCUGGCUUGAGCAAAAGUAUUUUGAGCACCGAUUUCCAAAAUAA